UAUAUUUAUUAUUUAACAAGUCUCAAGUCAGUAUGAUAAGAUAAACCGAUUUGUAACCAGCGUAUCUUGUUGGAUAUGAGUUAUAACUGUUUAAUAGCUACUCUUAAACGUACUUACCAAUUUAUAUUUUUAUGUUAAUAUGAUAUUUAAUUAUCACUACAUUGAUUAAGAUUAAGUCGUGACGGUGUAAUUAAAUGGUCAAAAAUGUACCAUAACUAUGAAUAUCAAUACGCUGCGAUACAAAAUAGGGAAAAUGGUGGCAGUAAAAUGCAUGGAUCCUGCAGAGUUGUUACAUUUUGUCUUCUGACUACAAUUUUGCCUACAAUCCUUAUAAUCAUUCCACUUUAUUUAAGAAAUAUGAGAUAUGCUGAUGUUAUGUAUAAGAUAUCAGAUUCGGAUGUCAUCCAGAUUCACAAAGGACAAUCAUCAGUGUUUUGUAAAACACAUUCCUUAAAAAUGAACACCACAUUUAAUGCAUUCCAAAUGACUGGGAAACCUGCCCUGUCCUUAGAAAACAUGAAACACAUAAGACUUAAGAAAUCGUUGACUCUUCCUGAUGACACUCUGGAGUACUGGGGCUUUUACCUCUUCAAAGGAGCUUCCGUUCAACUUGAAGCAUGCUCCAGGUACGAGGGAUCUAAAAUAUUAGUUGUGAAAGGUGAUAAUAUACUAAAUACAUGCGGUAUUUUAGAAGGCAACAAAUACAAGAAAGAUGCUCCUCACAUUGACAAUCAGGAGCAUGUGAUAGUCACCCUAGCAAAUCCUGGUGAAAAAAAGGAUCUCCCAAAAGAUUCUGUGUCAGUAAAAAAUAACUUGAAGCAAAGCAACCAGGAGAAAGAAAACAAAGCAAUAAAAAAUAUAAAUAAGACUGAUAGUGUUCAAGGUAAUCUGGAACAUGAUAACGUGACAAUGUUAAAUAGUUUACGAUUGAAAAGGAAUACAAAUCCAGUUCAUCAGCCCAAAACUGUCCUUGAUGCUGGAAUCCAUCAUGGUGGAAAUGCAUUCAACAGCACAGAUGGCCAGCAAGAUAAGUCGGUUUCUAGCUUUGAAAUUAGUUUACACGAGUGUUAUGAUAAUAACAUUAUUAUCAACCGUGAACUGCCAUACCAAGCUGUUUGUAACAGUACAAAAUACUUUGGAAAAGCUACUACUUUAAAAGUUACCCAUGAUAUAUUAUUAGAUGGAUAUUAUUAUUAUAUAUUCUAUAGUGACAAUGACUUUGUCAAAAAUAAUAUUCAUGUAAUUUUUGAUAUUUAUAAACCCACUUUUCUGUACACUAACAUGUCAGAAUCAAAGGUAUGUAUUAAUAAAACAGAGUGUAUAUUUGACAUAGGAUUUUUUAGUGAUGAACUAGUAAUUGUAGAAGUACCUACAAAAGAUGGAUUAUCUUAUGAUGAUGAUUCAUCUAUUUUGACUUCAGUUUGUCACCCAAGAAUGUCUGUAUAUAUUUUUUUCCCAGUGACUGUCCUUAUGUUGAUAAUUUUAUUUGCAUUUUUAUGAUACAUAUUUUUAGUUAUAGCAUACUAUCUCGUAGUGAAAACGAACAUUUCCAAAAAUGUGAUAUUAUUGUAUUAGUUGUUAACUUUACUUAUACUAAGUUUAGUUGUGAUGUGCUUGCACUCAUAGUAAUUUGAUCUGU